UUUUAUUUUGAAAGCUUAUCCGGAAAACUUAUUUUACUAACCGACCCAAUUCUUUCCCUGGAGUGGUCCUGUAGUGUUAAAGACGUUCUUACUUUAAAAAAAUAAAAUAAACUCCACUAUAGGCCUAGGGGUGGGGGGCAAUGACAGCAAGUUAAUAGUAUAGCAACAGCGAGUCGCAGAAUUGCACCCUUUUUGAGCGAGGUGCUGACUGGCUGAGUGCUAGCUGGUUAGCUCACUCGCCACAUCAGCGAAGACGUUCUGGAGAUAAGACAAGCGUGGCGAGAAGGAAAAAGAAGAAGACGAAGCAGCAGCAGCGCGUAUGUGUAUAUCGGGGGGAGCCGGCCUUCAUUAGACCCCGCUACAACGAGCUGGAGAGCUUCCACACACCCCCACGUUCGUCUCUUUCCCGGUGCAGCAUCCCGUCGAGAUGGACAACUUGAGUGACGCCUUGGCGAAGCUGAAACUGGCAUCCACAGACAGCGCCUCGGAUAGUGUGGAGAGCUGUCUGGACUGCCUGCUGAAAGCGCUGCUCAACAACAACACGGAGGCCAGUGUGAAAAUCCAGGAGAUGGGCAUUCUCCCCCUGCUCUCCACCCUGCUUAACCCCCAGUCAUCCUGCACCCCCAAAGUCGCCAAUAUCAUCGCAGAGGUGGCCAAAAACGAGUUCAUGCGGACUCCCUGUGUGGAAGCGGGCCUCAUCCCUCCGCUCAUUCAGCUGUUGAACUCCACCGAUCAGGAGAUUCUACUGCAGACGGGUCGGGCUCUAGGGAACAUCUGUUACGACAGCCAUGAGGGCAGGAGUGCAGUUGACCUGGCAGGAGGGGCUCAGAUAGUAGCCGAACACAUUAAAACCCUCUCCCAAAAUACAGAGCCGGAAAAUGAGAAGCUCUUGACAGUCUUUUGUGGCAUGCUGAUGAACUAUAGCAAUGAUAAUGAUUCCCUCCAAGGCCAGCUGAUCAGCAUGGGUGUGAUCCCCACUCUGGUGAAGCUGCUCGGCAUCCAUUCCCACAACGCCGCCCUGACGGAAAUGUGUCUCAUCGCCUUUGGGAAUUUAGCUGAGCUCGAGUCGAGCAAGGAGCAGUUUGCCUCCACCAACAUCGCUGAGGAGCUGGUGCGCCUUUUCCAGAAGCAAGUGGAGCAUGAAAAGAAAGAAAUGAUAUUUGAGGUCCUGGCUCCCCUCGCAGAAAAUGAUGCGAUCAAGUUGCAGAUGGUGGAGGCGGGCCUGGUGGAAUGUCUCCUGGAGGUGGUGGCCCAGACUGUGGACGGCAAGCGGGAGGAGGACGUCGCCCAGCUGAAGACGGCCUCUGACCUCAUGGUGCUCCUUCUGCUCGGAGACGAGUCCAUGCAGAAGCUGUUCGAGGGAGGGAAGGGCAGCGUCUUCCAGAGGGUGCUUUCCUGGAUCCCAUCGCACAACCACCAGUUGCAACUGGCCGGUGCGCUUGCCAUUGCUAAUUUUGCCCGCAAUGAUGGUAACUGCAUCCACAUGGUGGACACUGGUAUCGUACAGAAGCUUUUGGAGCUGUUGGAUCGGCACAUUGAUGAAGGCAAUGUCACAGUUCAACACGCAGCUCUCAGUGCUCUUCGGAACCUGGCCAUACCUGUUGUGAACAAAUCCAAGAUGCUGUCAGCUGGAGUCGCCGACGUGGUGUUGAAGUUCUUGCAGUCAGAGAUGCCGCCGGUGCAGUUUAAACUUCUGGGGACCUUGCGCAUGCUAAUCGACACACAAGUGGAAGCAGCGGACCAGCUUGGGACCAACGGGAAACUGGUGGAGCGGCUGGUGGAGUGGUGUGAAGCCAAAGAUCAUGCCGGGGUGAUGGGCGAGUCCAACAGGCUCCUUUCUGCUCUCAUUCGACACAGCAAGUCCAAGGACGUCGUCAGGACAGUCAUCCAGGGUGGCGGAGUCAAGCACUUGGUCACCAUGGCAACCAGUGAGCACAUGAUCAUGCAGAAUGAAGCGCUGGUGGCGCUGGGCCUCAUCGCGGCGCUCGAUUUGGCUGCAGCCGAGAAGGACUUUGAGGAAGCGAACCUCGUUGCUGUGCUUCACAAGCUGUUGUCAGAUGAGAGGAGCGCGCCGGAGAUUAAAUACAACUCCAUGAUCCUCAUCUGUGCUGUCAUGGGAUCCGAGCCCCUCCACAAAGAAAUCCAGAGCCGGGCGUUCAUCGAUGUGGUGUCCAAACUUCGCUCACACGAAAACAAGACAGUGUCCCACCAGGCGUCGCUCACAGAGCAGCGGCUAACCGCCCAGAGCUAAACGGCUCGGUGUGCCGUCAAACAAAACCUCCCCAAACCCCCCGCAGCUGAACGCCCUGCACCUGAUCACCCGAUGAAUGCGCGACCCCUUGUUCUGUAAGCCCAUCGUCACGUGCCAAGGUACCAUGUUGCAUUAACUGCCAGACAGACAUCCUCUUGACUCGUGCUAAGGACAGACUGAUGUACAUCACGGAUGGAGAGCCGUCAUGAGAUUUAUUGAGGUGAGGUAGCACAUCUCGACGCGUCUGUCUUUCCUCAGCCCAUCGACUUGUUCCAGCUGGUGUCGUCACGGUACCAAAAUUCUGACUUCGAUACCAUAUCUGUGUAAAGUACCUCGAUACUGAAACGAUACCAUGGCAAAAAAACAAAAAACUUGAGUCGUCACUUUAUCAUAGAUGACAAAAUACAGAACUUCCAAUUCUUAGUAUUUUAAUAAUUAAAAAUAUUGGGCAGCGUCAUACGUAAUUAUUAAAUUUCGGUAUGUUCAAUACUACUUUUCUGUGACCGAUACCAGUACGAGUAUUCACUCUUGAGUACUUACCGAUACCAAGUACCAAUAUGACCAGUACUUUUAAAAUAUCCCAUUCUAAAUACACAUGACAAAUAAUUGUGAAUGAAAUGUUCUUUCUUCCUGGCGUACAUGAGGAUUUGUCAACGUCUAUAACCACUGCAGUCUGGGGCC